AUGGCCGAAGCAGAGGAAGAAGCCGCCCAGACGGUGGUCAAAAUGUCGGUAUUGACGCCGCUUAUUUAUGUGGCCGUGAUGCUUUCCGCUUUCACCGCCUUUUCCAUAUUAUACAGACGUCACAGACUCCAUAAGUUGGUGUCUGUAGAGCCAAUCUUUGGCAAGAACCACCUGUUGGAGCUCUACGAGAUUCUCAGAGAGAAAUACCAAGACAAGCUGUUAGCCAAGGAUAAGAGGCCCCCAGAGAAGGUUGUGAAGGCUGCUCUUUUGAGAAGAGCUGUCGAGGCAAUCAGAAGAUCUCUUAAGCUCAAAGAAAACGAGCCUGUUUUCACCAAGCUUUACCAAGAUGGUUUAAUUGGUGACGAUGUUUUUAAGCAAUUCGAGUUGCAGCAAAAAGUCCAGCAGCUAGAGCUCAAGGAUAUCGUUGAGGAGUGUCAACUGUUCCACAAGGAGUGGCCACAGCUGUUCUUCCCUGUUGUCCAGGAAAUCUGUUACAAUGAAGCUUUGAGAAGACGUCUCCAUGCUAUGGAUGAGCGUUCUGAACAGUUGUCCUUGUUGUGGAACUACUACGUGGACAAGUCUGAGGUUCAAAGUAAGGACGUGUCCCCAGCACCAGAGAAGAAGAAAAAGAAGAAGACCUAA